AUGGCCAAGUCAGCCAUCACUCUCGCCUCUGGCAGAGAAAUGCCCCUAGUAGGCUUCGGCCUCUGGAAAGUCCCCAAAGAAACAGCCGCUGAAACAGUCUACAACGCUACAGACUCUUCGACGGCGCCUACGACUACCAAAACGAGAAAGAAGCUAGCUGGCCAAGGAAUCCAACGCGCCAUCACUGAAGGACUCGUAACCCGCGCCGAAAUAUUCGUCACAACAAAGCUCUGGAACAACUACCACCGCCGCGAACAUGCACUCCGAAUGGCAAAGAGACAGAGCGAAGCUUGGGGCCUCGGAUAUAUCGAUCUCUACCUGAUCCAUUUCCCCGUUGCAUUGGAGUAUAUCGAUCCCGCCGAGCGGGAGUAUCCCGCCUGGUGGAUGGACGACGCCGAUAAAAUCUCACCGGCAAACAUUCCAAUCUCGGAAGCAUGGACAGCCCUAGAAGAACUCGUCGAUAGUGGCAUUGCAAAGAGUAUCGGCGUAAGCAACUUCCAAGCGCAAACACUAUACGACAUAAAGACCUACGCAAGACAUCCAAUCUCAGCACUGCAGAUCGAACACCACCCGUACCUCGUACAGGGCGAGCUAAUUCAGAUGGCGCAAGAUAACGGGAUUGCAGUCACUGCGUACUCGUCUUUCGGGCCGUUAUCGUUUGUCGAGUGGCCGCCUGCGUUCUCGAAGGAGGCGAAGGGGAUCGAGUUGCUUUUUGAUGCUGCGCCUGUUAAGGCUGUAAGUGAAAGGGUGGGGGUUAGUCCUGCUAGGGUUUUGUUGAGGUGGGCUACUCAACGGGGUAUUGCAGUGAUUCCCAAGUCGAAUAACCCCACUCGGUUAGCUGAGAAUUUGGAUACUUUGGGCUUUGAUUUGACAGAUGGGGAGAUUGAGGGUAUUUCGGCUUUGGAUCGUGGGUUGAGGUUUAAUGAUCCUGGUUUUUAUUUGGCUGAUUAUCCUCUGAGGAUCUUUGCUUAG